AUUCAAGCUCACUGGCCAGCCGGCCGAUAUGCAAGAGGCUGUGUCCCUUCACCGCAAAGCGCUCCUCCUUCGUCCUCCCGGUCAUGCUGAUCGCUACUAUUCCAUGCUAUCGCUUGCGAAAGCACUGCAUACCCAGUUCUGCCACACCGGUGAAUCCCAGGAUUUGGUCGACUCUAUCGAGAACGGCUGCCUUGCCCUUUUCCUUUUUGACCCCAGCCGUCACGACCGGCCCACCCUUCUCAUCACCCUCGCUGCACCGCUGUUCAGCAGCUUCAGGCAAACAAGCUUAUCUUCCGAUUUGGAUCGGUGCAUCGAGUACACUCAAGAAGCUGUCGAUUGCUGUCCCCCGGAGUCAUCAGCCCGGCCUGCGUCACUAGACAUUCUCUCGCGAUCAUUGCUCUCUCGGUAUGAGAAUCGAGGCGAAC